UUGGCCACUGCGCGUGCGUGCGUGCGGUUUGUGUUGGGAUGGUAGAGGAACCAGGCUUGGAGCUAUGAGAAUUAACCAGAAUACUGUACUGCAGGGAAAGAGGGUGACCCUGGUGCCAUACACCUCUGCUCAUGUACCCAGGUACCAUGAGUGGAUGAAGUCUGAAGAGCUGCAGCGUCUGACUGCAUCAGAGCCAUUAAGCCUUGAACAGGAAUAUGAGAUGCAGCGCAGUUGGCGGGAAGAUGCAGACAAAUGCACAUUUAUAGUGCUUGACACAGAUAAGUGGUCUAAUCAGACAACCACAGAGGAAGACUGCAUGGUGGGCGAUGUGAACUUGUUCCUCACAGACAGUGAAGAUCCAACACUCGGAGAGAUCGAAAUCAUGAUUGCAGAGGCCAGCUAUCGUGGCAGAGGAUUUGGCAAGGAAGCCACUCUGAUCAUGAUGUCCUAUGGAAUGACUCGCCUGGGACUAAACACCUUUGAAGCUAAAAUUGGAUUGGAAAAUGAAGCCAGUAUUGGCAUGUUCAAAAAGAUUCAUUUCAAGGAGGUGGGAGUAAAUGUCAUCUUCCACGAAGUAACACUCAGACUGAUUGUGGAUGAGCAAGAAAGGCAGUGGCUGCUUGAGCAAACCAGCCACGUGGAUGAACAAUUUUACAAUGUAACAAAGCUGCAGAACCGGGUUUGUGACAGCUAAUGAGGCUUAGCUCUCUUUAUACGGACUCCAGAAGCAUGGGAUCUCUGUCCCCAAACUGCAUCAUGGCCUGGAUCUAUAAUGAUAGGGACCAACUGCUGGAGUAGAAAAUGCUGCAGGCUCUGUACUGGAUCAGCAUUCAACUUGACUUGCUGUUGCCCAUCAUACUUUUGUUAACUUCUUUCACAAGAAGAUCUAAUGUCUACUGCAACUAGAACAAACUCUCAUCUUAGGGAAAAGGUUGCUGUUGGUGAAAACGGCAAAGUGUGAUGUAUAUAGAGCAAAGUGAAUGUGUUUGGACUGCAGUGCUACUAAGGGACAGGAAAGUCAGACUUGUCUCCUCUGUUACAAACCAGCAGUCGCAUCAUAGGCUAAUUUUGCCUUACUAGGGUCCUUGAUUAGGGCCUGUUUCUACCAAAAACAUAAACUACAACCUACUCUUAUUCCAAGGGUUAAUCGGCAGCAGUCCUAGAACAGGUGGUUAAUGUUUGGUUGAACUGAAUUACUAAAUGGGCUUCUCUCAAAGCAUUGCAGGCUCCCAUACAGCCUCUCAGUUAUUCAGUGAGACAGCUCUUUUCUCACUGGCACACACCAGGAAGUUUGUAUGUUUCUCUUUACUAAGAUGAAAUGUGAAAAUAUAAAACGUGUACACUCUUUUCUCUCA